AUGGAUCAAAUUAAAGAUAAUCCAAACGGUCAAAAGCAGGACGUUAUAUCCAGGAAUUACGAAACCAAAUCUCAAAGCCAACUUAACUAUAAUACUUCAAAUUACUCAGAAAACAAUAUCUACCAGAUGAUAAAAUGCCACGAGGACAGUUUGCUAAGGCUUCAUCAUUUAACUGCGGGGCGCAACAUCAAUGCUACUUACGAUACUGGCUACCAGAACGACAUUCCCUGGUAUCCGAAAGACUUACAACGACAAUACAUAAAACCUGUAGAAUACUUGGCGUACGAAGAUAUGAGGAGGAAGUUUGAGGAAACAAAAGGAAAAGAGAGGGAACGAAAAGACCAAGAGGAAGAUAAGGACGGAAAGAACGACGAAAGGAAAAAGCCAAGACGAAAUAGAACUACAUUCACAAGUCAACAGCUAGCUGCGUUAGAGAAGGUGUUUGAAAAAACUCAUUAUCCAGAUGCGUUUGUGAGGGAAGAUCUUGCGUCGAGAGUGAGUUUAACUGAAGCCAGAGUACAGGUUUGGUUUCAAAACCGACGUGCGAAGUUCCGAAGAAAUGAAAGAUCAGCUCUGUCCUCACACCGGACGUCCACACAAAAUUCUCCUGAACCGAUACCAGUUCCAAUCGGUCUCCCGCAGGUUGACCCUCGACAGGACUUCAAUCGUAACGCCAAAGAACCCUGGAUGCAUCACUUCCAACCCAAUAACCUCAACUUCAACUUGGGCCUGCCUAUAACAAAUUCUAGUUUAUACCAAAAUGAUUACGCGCUCAUGAUGCAAAAUGUUGGAAACCGUCAAUACGUUUCUAAUACGAAUACACUCAUGGCACAGAAUGUUCCUGGCUAUGGUUCUUCCAAUGAGAACAAUUACAGUUCGUGUGCAUUGAUAGGAAGCUACAGUGGGGCAUUGCAGCCGGCCCACCACAGCUCUUACAAUUUAAACCUAAGAAUUAGACCUCAUGAUUUCACCAUAAACAAUAUAACGCUUUGA